AUGAACGUGACGCUAGCGGUGAAGCAGUACAUCUCCAAGAUGAUCGAGAGCAGCGGGGCAGGGAUGAAGGUGCUGCUCAUGGACAAGGAGACGACCAGUAUUGUGAGCGUGGUCUACACCCAAUCAGAGAUCUUGCAGAAGGAGGUCUACCUCUUUGAACGCAUUGACUCUCAGAGCCGAGAAAGUAUGAAGCACUUGAAGGCCAUCUGCUUCCUCAGACCCACCAAGGAAAACGUGGAACAUCUCAUCCAGGAGCUGCGAAGACCAAAAUACAGCGUCUACUUCAUCUACUUCAGCAACGUGAUCAGUAAAAGUGAAAUCAAAGCUUUGGCUGAGGCUGACGAACAGGAAGUGGUAGCAGAAGUGCAGGAGUUUUACGGAGAUUUCAUUGCCGUCAAUCCUCACGUGUUCUCCCUCAACCUUCAGGGCGUGGCCAAGGGGCGGAGCUGGGAUCCAUCCGUCUUGUGGCGCUGCACACAGGGUCUGACCUCGGUCCUGCUGGCGCUCAAAAAGUGUCCCAUGAUCCGCUACCAGCUGUCCUCCGACAUGUCCAAACGCCUGGCCGAGAACGUCAAGCAAAUCAUCACCAAAGAGUACGAGCUGUUUGACUUCAGGAAGACUGAAGUCCCACCUCUGCUGCUCAUCCUGGACCGCAGCGACGACGCCAUUACACCACUGCUCAACCAGUGGACGUAUCAAGCGAUGGUCCAUGAGCUCCUGGGCAUCAACAACAACCGCAUCGACUUGUCCCGAGUUCCCGGCAUCAGCAAAGACCUUCGCGAGGUGGUCCUGUCCGCCGAGAAUGACGAGUUCUACGCCAACAACUUGUACCUGAACUUCGGCGAGAUCGGCACCAAUAUCAAGAACCUAAUGGAGGACUUCCAGAAAAAGAGACCCAAGGGCCAGCAGAAGCUGGAGUCAAUCUCGGACAUGAAGGCGUUCGUGGACAACUACCCGCAGUUCAAGAAGAUGUCGGGCACCGUGUCUAAGCACGUGACGGUGGUGGGCGAGCUGUCCCGCCUGGUGGCCGAACGUCAACUGAUGGAGGUGUCGGAGGUGGAGCAAGAGCUAGCUUGCCAGAAUGACCACUCCAGCGCGCAGCAGAAUGUGCGCCGGCUGCUGCAGAACCCACGCGUGUCGGAAAUGGACGCCGUCCGCCUGGUGGCGCUGUACGCCCUGCGCUACGAGCGUCACAGCGCUAGCAUCCUGCCCGCCCUCAUGGAGCAGCUCACCAGGAGGGGCGUGUCUGAGGCCCGACGCAGGAUGGUCCAGUGCGUGGUGGAGUACGGCGGCAAGCGAGUCAGGGGAAGCGACCUCAUCACGCCGACGGACGCCGUCGCCAUCACUAAACAGUUCUUCAAAGGCCUCAAGGGCGUGGAGAACGUCUACGCGCAACAUCAACCUCUUCUUCACGACACGCUGGAUCAGCUGAUCAAAGGUCGCCUGAAGGACAGUCAGUUUCCUUAUCUGGGAGCCAGCAGCCUCAGAGACAGGCCUCAGGAUGUCAUCGUGUUUGUGAUCGGAGGAGCCACCUACGAAGAAGCUUUGUGCGUUUACAACAUGAACCGCAGCACGCCCGGUGUUCGAAUUGUGCUGGGAGGAAGCAGCAUGCUCAACACCAAGAGCUUUCUAGAGGAAGUGAUGUCAUCAACAAGCAGCGGUGGCGAGCGGUCGCAGGGCAUUAGUCGCUAUAGCAACAGACACUGA